AUGGCGAAGCGUACUCAACUGAUCGCGAUCUUCCUUCUCUUCCUAUUGGCCACGACCGCUACAACGGUCAGCGCCAAGAAGAAAAAAGCCGAGGUGGUAGACGAAUCUGCUGAGGAUGCAUCUCCAGCUUCAGACGAAACACCAGCAGCUUCGGAGGAAAAAACGCCAGACGCUGCAGAAGCAGCGGAUUCCGGCGGUGACGGGGAAACCGUGGCGGAUGCUAAGGCUUCCACCGACGAUGCUUCCGCCGACGAAGGGGAGAAGGCAGAAGGCGGAGAGGAAAAAUCAGCUCCCGCAGCAGAGCAAACGGCGAAGGAGGAGAAUGAGGGAGAAGGGGAGGAUACUACCGGAGCUGACGCUGCUGCUGCUGGGGCUGGGGAGGACCCUCCUCCAGGAAGCCAGUUGGAACAAGAUAUUAUCAAGGCGGAAAAGAAAGCAGGAGACAUCUUCCCUGCAGGGGCGUGCAAGAAGGAGAUCAAAUCGUUCUGCGAGGGCGUGGACGUGGGCAACAGGAGUCUGGAGCGCUGCCUCUCUGACAGCUUCAAGCUCACCAAGGCCGCCGACGCUGCCACUGCCGACAAGAAGUUUGGCAAGAAGUGUCUUAAGGCCAUCCGGCGGUUCAAGAUUGAGGUGUACAAGGACAUUUCGAUCGACAAGGAGAUGAUGGAGAUGUGCAAGGACGACAUCUCAUCGCUCUGUGACGACGACUUCCUCUACCCUGAAGUCGGCAGCGUCCUCGCCUGCCUCAGGGAGGCCAAGUCAGGAGGCAAGAUAUCCGAGGCGUGUGGGCAGAAGGUGUUUGAGGCUCAGCAGGACGCGGCCAACGACUUUGCGCUGGACCCUCAGCUGAACGAAACGUGUUCUGGAGACGUGCAGCGGCUGUGUGCUGACGUGCCCACUGGGGAGGGGCGUGUGCAGGACUGCCUGAGGGACCACAGGAACAGCCUCAACUGGGAGUGUUUGGCAGAGCUGUUCCGCCAGGAGAUAGAGAGCUCAGAGGACAUUCGCCUCAACACGCGCCUCUUCAAAGCCUGCCUGGAGGACAAGCGCCGCUUCUGCCCUGAUGUGCUGCCAGGGGAUGCACGGGUGAAGGACUGCCUGGAGUCGCACCUGCAGGACUCGGACUUCUCCAAGACCUGCAAGGUGGAGUUUGAGCGCAUGAUGGAGCGCAGGGCGUCUGACUUCCGCCUGGACUACAACCUCCGCAAGUACUGCGCUGAGGAUAUAACCACGACGUGCUACCAAGACGCGGAGGACGUGGUGGAUGUGGCCAACAGGGAUGCCAAGGUGAUCGAGUGCCUGCAAGACUACCGUGGGGAGCUCAAGGACCCGCGGUGCCGGCAGCAGGUGCACCAGCUCACCAAGCGGGCGUCUGAAGAUAUCCGGUUCAACCGCCCCCUCGCUCAGGCGUGCAAGGACGACUCCGCCAAGCUGUGCAAGGACGUGCCGCCCGGCCAUGCGCGCGUGCUGCUGUGCCUGCAGGAGCACCGCAAGGGCCUCACAGCCAACUGCAAGGAGGCGCUUUUCCAGGAGGAGGUGCGGUUUGCAGAGGACAUUGACUUCAAGUUCCCGCUCAGGCAGGCAUGCACUGAUGAGAUGAAGAUCCUGUGCAAAGACCAGCCGGACGUGAUCAAGUGUCUGCAAGACAAGGUGGAAGAUGCGGACAUGGGCGUAUUGUGCAAGGAGGAGGUGAAGAAAGAUAUGAAGCGCGCAGCAGAGGAUUAUCGCCUGAAUUUCCGUCUGAACAAGGAGUGCUUCGUGGAUGUGGAGCGUCUGUGCCUGCACUCGUGCGACGCGGCUCUGGAGAGUGGCGGCACGGAGACCGGGGUGACGUGUGGGGGGGCGACGCUCAAGUGUCUGACGGAAAACGAGAAGAAGCUGUCGUCCAAGACGUGCCGGCAGGAGCUGUUCUACUUCAAGAAAAGGAUGGUCGCUGAUAUCUCGCUCGAUAUCCCCCUUCAGAUGGCGUGCAAGAAUGACGUGGAGAAGAAGUGUGGUGGCGAGAGGGACCACUCCAAGGCGCUGGCUUGCCUGCGGGCCAAGAGGGACGAGCUGACAGAGGAGUGCAAGGAGGAGGAGCUGCGGUUGAGUGAGAUGGAGGCGUCUGAUAUCCGCCUGACCCCCACCCUCAUGAACGCAUGCGGUUUGGAGCUCAACCACUUCUGCCGUGGCGUGCAGCCCACAGCCGGGCUUGCCUUCCGUUGCCUGCAGAUGAGCAUCAACGAGGUGGGCAUGUCUGUGGCUUGCAAAGCAGAGGUGGAUCUGCAAACCUUCCGCCACGCCUCUUACUACAAGCUCGACUCAGCGCUGGCAGAGCAGUGCGAGGGGGACGUGGACUCGCUCUGCAAGGGCGUGGACGAGGGCAAGGAGGCCCACUCCCUCGUGCUGCAGUGCCUGGUGGGCCACCAGGGGAACCUCUCAGGCAAAUGCCUCACUGAGACGGCCUACGCCGUGCGGAUGGCCCUUUGGAUGUAUCACAAAGAUGCUGAUCUUGUCAAGCCGUGCAAUCCUGUGGUGGAGGAGUUGUGUGGGAAUCGAACAGGGGUGGUUGCGGGCGAGGGAGCGGGGAAGGCGGCAGCGGCGGCGGUGGGGGUGGUGGGGCAGUGUUUGCUGGAGCAGCCGAGGGAGAAGCUGGGGGAGGAGUGUGGGCGGCUGGUGGGGCUGAUUGGGCAGCCGGGCGGGCAUGUGGGCGGCGUGAUUGACACGAGCCAGCUGGAAGAGACCCUCGCGCGACUGGCACAGGUACAGUUGAAGCAUGAGGUUGACGCAGAGACCGAGGGCGAGGGAGGGGGAGGAGGGAAGCUGGUGUUGACAGGCGCUACAGCCUUUGCGGCCGUUACCGCCCUCACUGCGGUGCUGCUGGGUGCUGCUUACCUGGUGUAUCGCAAGUGCUUCGACCCCACCAGGAACUACACUCUCAUGGUCAAGGCCGGGGAUGUUUGA